AUGGGGGCCGGUGGGCCGAGUGUCCUGGCGCUGCUGUUCGCCGUGUGCGCUCCGCUCCGGGUGCAGACCGGAGAGCUGGGUGAUGGCUGUGGGCACAUAGUGACGUCUCAGGACAGUGGCACAAUGACAUCUAAGAAUUAUCCAGGGACUUACCCCAAUCACACCGUGUGCGAGAAGAUCAUCACAGUUCCGAAGGGGAAGAAACUUGUUCUGAGGCUGGGGGAUUUGAACAUUGAGUCCAAGACCUGCGCUUCGGACUACCUUCUCUUCACCAGCGCAACAGAUCAGUAUGGUCCAUAUUGUGGGAGUUGGGCUGUUCCCAAAGAACUCCGGCUGAACUCGAACGAAGUGACUGUCCACUUCCAGAGUGGGUCUCACAUCUCUGGCCGGGGCUUUCUGCUGGCCUAUGCCAGCAGUGACCAUCCAGAUUUAAUAACCUGUUUGGAACGAGGCAAUCAUUAUUCGGAGGAAAAAUACAGCAAAUUCUGCCCAGCUGGUUGUAGAGACAUAGCAGGAGACAUUUCUGGGAAUGUGAAAGAUGGCUACAGAGAUACCUCUUUGUUGUGCAAAGCUGCCAUCCACGCGGGGAUCAUCGCAGAUGAACUAGGUGGCCAUAUCAACCUGCUGCAGAGCAAAGGGAUAAGUCACUAUGAAGGAAUCCUGGCCAAUGGCGUGCUCUCCCGGCAUGGUUCUCUGUCAGAAAAGCGCUUUCUGUUUACCACCACAGGAGUGGAUGUUACAGCCGUGGCCAUCCCAGCAGUGGUCUUCAUUACCCUCCUUGUGGCUGGGAUAGGCAUCUUUGCAGCCUGCAGAAAGAGGAAGAAGAAAGGGAAUCCGUAUGUAUCUGCUGAGGCUCAGAAAACAGGCUGUUGGAAGCAGAUUAAAUACCCCUUUGCCAGACAUCAGUCGACUGAAUUUACCAUCAGCUACGACAAUGAAAAGGAGGUGACACAAAAGUUGGAUCUCAUCACUAGUGAUAUGGCAGAUUAUCAGCAGCCUCUCAUGAUUGGCACAGGGACAGUCACAAGAAAGGGCUCCACCUUCCGGCCCAUGGACACAGACACUGAGGAGGCCAGAGUGAGCACCGAGGCCGGCGGCCACUAUGACUGUCCUCACCGCCCGGGCCGCCAUGAGUACGCACUGCCCUUGACGCACUCCGAGCCCGAGUACGCCACACCCAUUGUAGAGCGGCACCUGCUCCGAGCUCACACCUUCUCCACGCAGAGCGGCUACCGAGUCCCCGGGCCCAGGCCCACUCACAAACAUUCCCUUUCCUCUGGAGGCUAUCCCCCUGCCGCAGGGGCCACCCAGAGUGAAGGCUAUCAGAGGCCAGCAAGCCCCAAGCCUGUGGGAGGUGGCUACGACAAGCCUGCGGCCAGCAGCUUCUUAGACAGCAAAGACCCCUCUCAGUCACAGAUGACUCCUGUGGGGAGUGAUGGUUAUUCAGCGCCCAGAAAUGGACUUGCGCCCGUCAACCAGCUGGCCAUGACUGCUCUUUUGUGAACCCAAUGUGAAGAAAACCUGCUGUGGUACUGAGCUUGCGCUGCUGCGAGCCACUGGAAGAAGUGUGUGAGCAUGCGCGUGUGUCUCAUCGGGAUCCUAGAGACAACCUCACUGUUUACAGAACUAUGCAGCUGGUUUUGUAACGACCCUUCCAGCAGAGCCGCUUGGUUUCUGUUGUGUUAGAACAAAGGGACUUUUCUCGUUUCUCUAACUGUGACACUGUGCUGUAAAGUGUGCAAUUUGUACAGUUAUAUUUAACAUGAGUUAAAGUAAUGGAGUUUAUGGUGUGUGUUUUCUACGCAGAGCUUAGGGAGGAAAACGCAGGAUUUGCAGAGAUGUAAUAAGUGUUGUGUUCGUGUCUCUCAGUUUUUGAGUAUCUGGCAUUGUAAGUAGCAGAUCUGUUUUAAACCUUGGCUGGUCAUGCUGGCCCGUUUCCUUUUUCAUGAACUAAAAGCAUUUUUAGCAUUCCUUCUCCUGGAAGAAAUGAAAUUACUUGAAAUGUGAAAAGCACACUGGGGUGGACGGUUGUUAGCCACCGUGGCCGUGCAUGUAUGCAAACAAGCUCACCACCUCAGCAGCUACUGCCUGCUUCCUUAGACGUUCCCUGAGAGGAAUAGGGCAGCCCAGUGGCCUGAGGCCCGCGUGGGACCCAGCUGCACCCUGAGGGACCACAUUCUCUAAGGAAAGGGCCUGGCCUUACUG